CAUCUAUUUUGUCCCACCAUAUAUAUAGCAUCAGUGUUGCUGCUACUAUCUCCUUUAUAGUCAUCGACAUAAGUUUUUUCUUUUAAUUUACAAUAUAUAGUUGCAGCAAAGCUCAGUUGUUGGUUAGAGUGAGAGUGAUCAUGAUACUUGCUGGUGAAAAUGUACCAGGCCUUAAGUUGGUCGAUUCUUGUCUCAGGUUGUUGGUUAUUCCUCUGAGUUUGGCUUCCAUAUGUUUAUCUGUCAAUAAUCGCCAAGAGAACUACGUUUAUGGGAAGCUUCAGUUCAGCAAUUUGAAGGGAUUCAAAUAUGUAAUCUGCAUUAGUGCUUUCUCCGGUGGGUAUGCUCUUCUUGCAGCUGUAUUCACUUGGGUCAGAGUCUUGGCUAACAAAGCCUGGCUCUUCUUCCUAUCUGAUCAGGUAAUAGCAUACUUGCUGAUUACAUCAGUCAGUGCCGUGGCAGAAACAUCAAACUUGAUGUACAAUGGUGCUAGAGAAGUGUCAUGGAGUGAAGCCUGCAUUUCUUAUGGAAAAUUCUGCAAUAAACUCAUCCUCAUUCUGCGUGUCAAUGCACUUGCCUUCUUGUUUUUUCUGAUACUGGCUCUCAUCUCAGCUUACAGAGUUUUUAGUUUAUAUGAGCCACCUUGUAUGCCUUCUAAAGAGGUUGAAGAAGGGAGGGAGUAAAUUACAUAAUAUAGCCUUUUAACCUGUGUUGCUUGCUUGCUACUCUGUAAUUCCUUUUGUUUACUCAUAAUACAGCAGUCUGAAUAUUCAAAUUUC